AUGUCUAAACUUGAAGCCUCUAGGGCUGUGCUCUUCACCAGGGUAAUAAUCUUCGCGCAAUUCGUCAAUUUCCUACUGAUUUUGGGGGUCUACAUCAAUGCCUACAACAAUUUGCAGGUAAAUCCGAAAAAUUUCGAAAAAAACUACAGUGCGCGACAAAAUUAUAACCGCACUUUAGAAAUUGCUGUAACUUUUUUGGUUGUCAAUAGAAAUGUGUCAUAUUUGGCUCCAAUAUGCGCUAGUGUCUCACGAAUCAUGUGCCAAAAAAUUAUUUCGGGAAAUUUCCCCAAUUUGGAAAAAAAUUUGAAAAAACCCAAAAUUUUGAUGAUUUUAUAUGCGACAAAAUUAUAACCGCACUUACGAAUUUGGUGAAUUAGCCUAAUUAAAUCAAUGAAUAACAAUAACUAAUGUUUAGUUACGUUGCCUGAGGCUUCAAUAACGUCGACUGAAUAGCCGGGAAUAUUCUGGGCAAAGUUUUUUUAGCCUCUUCUGGCCAAUAUUGUGCCAGAAUCGGAAAAGUGCCUAUUUUAGCUCAGGUAGGCCAUUCGGACAGAGUUUGCCAGCAACUAACUGAGUAACUCAGAAGCCUAUAACACAUCUAAACGUUCUGGGAAAAAAGUUGCGCCACUGCAGCAGAGCAAGGGCUGAUAUAUCCGCCGAGUUUCCAACUCCAAUAUCCCUUGGGCUCAUAUAAGCUAAGAAAUAGGCCUCAAUUGUAGCAGUAAAGCUACGCUGGAGGUUGUAAGACACAGCUACGUCAUCACUGAGCGUCGUAUGAAGUUGUGGCCUCAGCUGGCCGGGUCCACGGCAGAGCGCGGCCGAGAUUUGCCAAGGUGACAUUGGCAAAACCUUGAAGAUUUUAUGGCCAAAUGAUGUACCUGACGGCUUCACACAUGGCCCACAUUACAGACGUAUAAUCAGAAGAGAAACGCAUUAUUUCCCGCGCCGUAACGUUUUAGGUGGCUUGCUGAUAAUCUUUCGGCGCAUUCGAAGUAAUGCGCCUCAAAUAAGUAUCCUUGAGUACUAGGGAGUCUUAGGCAAGCAUCGGGUAACGUAUUGGCAACCAGACUACACGUAAAUGCAGGGCAGGGCUCGCGUAUACCUAAGCUGGUCGACAAAGCUGUUUAUUAAACGACAAGGAAUCGCUAUCCCGGACGAGCCCAUGCGUUCCUUGGAUUCAAAUCCGACAGAGAACAUGUGGGGCUUCCUGGUUUGUUAACUACACCGCGACAACAAGCAUUAUGCUACAGUAACUGAGCUAAAAUAGGCACUUUUCCGAUUCUGGCACAAUAUUGGCCAGAAGAGGCUAAAAAAACUUUGAUCAGAAUAUUCCCGGCUAUUCAAUCGACGUUAUUGAAGCCUCAGGCAACGUAACUAAACAUUAGUUAUUGUUAUUCAUUGAUUUAAUUAGGCUAAUUCACCAAAUUCGUAAAUGCGGUUAUAAUUUUGUCGCACAGAAAAUCAUCAAAAUUUUGGUUUUUUCAAUUUUUUUCCAAAUUGGGGAAAUUUCCCGAAAUAAUUUUCUGGCACAUGAUUCGUGAGACACUAGUGCAUAUUGGAGCCAAAUAUGGCACAUUUCUAUUGACAACCAAAAAAGUUACAGCAAUUCCUAAUGUGCGGUUAUAAUUUUGUCGCGCACUGUAUUUUCUAGUCCGUCAAAUGCGGUAGAACUGAGGAUGUUCGUAGUAAACGAGCUAGUGGUUAUGUUGAUGACGCGAAACCGGUGGAUUCGUUGAAUGAAUGGGCGAUUUUAAUCGGAGAACAGACCAUAAUCCCGAAGCAUGUCUUCGAAUUGUCUUGUGGACGAGUUCAUCGCUAUUGCAGCGACAAAUCAAUGAAGCUACAAGGCUUUAGAGGUCCUCCGGGGCCUACAGGAGCUAAAGGUCCCAUAGGGCCUCCGGGCAGACGUGGGCCAACCGGCUCAAUUGGGCCCUUAGGGCUUGUGGGAGAUGCUGGCGAAGUGGGACCUCCCGGACGUGAUGGCCGCUGUAAUUGCACUUUCCCUGAGCUCUAUGUCCAACGAAUCGCGGUCCCAGGUCCACCAAUCAUCCAGAUCCAAGAGAAAAUCGUGCCAGUUCCGGUCGUAGUGGUUAAUGAAGUGGAAGUUACAAAAUUAGUCCCAUUCGAACCAACUCCCCCCGGAUUCGGCCCUCCGGACGACUGGGAGCCCGGCAUGCCAAUGCCUGACAAAUCCCAAACCAAAUGGCUGCCGCGCCCCACAACUCAUUCACCUUAUGGCCAAACCAGAAAGAAGCUAAUUGGCCCGGGAAGGAAACGGCCACGGCCAACCAAAUAUCCACCAGCUCCAACGGUCGAUGAAGGUAGAUUGGGGGUUUUUGGAGGGUAAUGGAGUGAGUUUUAGGAAUCAAAUUGUUGAAUGAGUCGGUAUCGAUGAAUGAGACCAUUUUUAAUGAGACUUCAACAGAGCCAACGCCCGAAACUUACACGGGUUUGCCGACACUGGGCUAUAAUCGAAGAGGUAAGAGGAGGCUGCUUGACACAGUGUAAUGCUUAGCAAAAAAUCUGAUUUCUAUGUCUUUAGGAGUUCUUUAAGGAAGCCACAUUAUAUAUAUUUAUAUAUAUAUAGUUCUCCUAAGAGAGGUACCUAUGAUUUUUAGGGCAUCUUUUGUCGGAAGGAUUGAGAUUUUCAGGCUGAAAAAUGCUGAUAUAUUCACAAGGGAAGUACCUCAAGUAUAUACUACUCUCAGAUUUUAAUCCAGAGUGGCACAAAUUGAGACAUAUUUUUUUCUAAGAAGUUUACGAGAGUCCUAGCCCGCGCUUUGCAGAAAUGACCGAGAUUUUUAGAUCAAAAGUUGGAAAAAAUGUGACAAUUUUUUUUGCGAAUUUUAACACGAAAAUUUUCGUUUUUAUUUCUACCGUAGAGGACAAUGUUUCCACAAAAAAUCAAUUUUUUCCUCUCGAAACUGGCAAAGAUAUGGCGAAAAACAUUUUUUUUCUCUUCCCGUCUCUCCUCGUUUCCCGUAAUCAUCGUUAAAAGUUCAAUUUAAAAACUCGGCUUUUCUGUUGUCUUAUAAAUCCUAUUCUUCACUAUUCUUCCUAGAAUGCCGUCUAAACGCCGUUGGCAUUCCCGUUCUUCACGCUGAAAGCCAAUAUGGGAAGGUGGGGAGUUGGCAUCGAGAUGUGAACCCAAUCUCUCCCGGAAUGGACAGAAAACGAUGGGUGACGGACGAUUUUGCCUCGCCGGUCCUUUAUGAAUACGUAACGGAGGAGGAAUUGAUGAAUAAAAAGCAGAAAAUCAAGUGAGAAAUUUUCGGAAAAGUCAUCAUUUUUUCAAAAAAAAAAAAUCGUAAAUUUUGAUGUAUAAUGUCCUGUUGUAUUAUAGAUAUUAUGUGGAUUACAUGGCGGCGGGCACUGGGAACAUGAUCUACAAUGGCUCCUACUACUAUCAUCGUCAUGGAUCGGACUUUCUGGUCCGUUACAAUCUCGAGAAUGCGGAGCAAAUGCAAAGUCGGGAGUUGGGGGAGAUUGCGGCCAAGGAUUGUGGGAGAAAAGUUGAUCAUACGUUUGAAGUAAGGCGUUUACUACUCUUUUAAGAGUCUCUUAAAGAUAAUUACUUAUUUUAAAGCCUUUUAAUUUUGAUAAUAGACUCUCCUGGGACAAAGAUAGAUGUUGUUUUAGCUCUGCAAUGAGACAGAUCGCGAUUUCUGGCUCUACGAUCGCCCUCACAACUAUAUCGACUACGCUGCGGACGAAAAUGGCCUGUGGGUGUUGUACAUGCGUCCAGACAAUGCUCAUUUAAUGGUCAGCAAAAUUGAGCCGGUAAGAAAAUUGAUCGUAUUUUACAAGUUUUUUUUUGGGUUACUGUAGGUCUUCAACUUUACAAGAGCUCCUUGAGAUUUUUGUUUUGUCUGAGCCAUUGCUUUACAAGAUUGAGAUUUUUGUUCUGUCUGGGUCAUUGUUCUCUGAAAAUUUUUGUUUCCACUUAACAAACACAGCCAAGAUAUUGAGCGACCUUUAAAGACGAGAGAGUACGCGAAAUGCGGAGAGCGGUCAGAGAUAAAAAACUGUUUUUCAAUACAAAUUUGCUAAUUUCGCGCGAAAAAAGUGACUUUUUGUGGAACUUUUGAUGGUAGAAGUAGGCAAAAAUUUUCACGCUAAAAUUCGAAAAAAAAUAUUAUAUCAGAUUUUUUUCUGUUAACAACGUCAAAGACAAUUGAAGAUCGUAAAAUAAUUUUUAGUCCACAUGUGGAAUGUCACAGUAAUUUUUUCUAGCCGUUUUUGAGACAGCAAACAAAGGUUUUUUUGGACGUUUCGUUUUCCAAGCCGUGAAGAUUGCAAUUCAUAAGUGGCUGUAUUUUUUUAUAACUUUCCGUAUUUUACAUCUAUGUUUUAUAAUAAUUUGCAAGUGCUUUCCGAAAGUCCUUUCCGCAAAUACCCAAUUUUUAGGACUUUUACGUUGUCCAAACCUGGGAGCUCGAUGUGAACGGCACCGAGCUGGCUGACGCAUUUGUCAUGUGCGGAGUUCUUUAUGGCCUUGAGAGCGCUGAAGAUCGCGAUACCUUCAUUUCAUACGCUUUCGAUUUGUAUAAGUAAGCGGCAUCUUUUCUUUCCAAAAAUUUGCUUGUUUAGCAACCAAACUCUUGACGUGGACAUCCCUUGGUACAAUCCUUACCGAGGCCUCACCAUGUUGCACUACAACCCCGUGGAUGGCCGGCUGUAUUUCUUCGAUUCGGGGAAAUUGUUGAGCGUUAAUGUGAGGAUUGAAGCGCCGGAAUACGAUGAUGAAGAGGAAGUUGGUGAUAAUGCGAAUUAA